GCGAGUGUAGCUACAUGAUCACCAACUUGGCUCCAGUCAUCUCGACAUAUCAGCCUCUUUAAAUAUGCAAAAUCCACGUCAUCUGCGAAGGUGGAUCAUAUAGUGUGCCAAUAUCUAUAAAGCUCUGUGCGAACAGAAACAUUAAAGAUUAUUUGGCAAGAGACAUUCACUGAAGAGAUUUCACUGUCAUCGACAUGGUCUGCACUUAAAACGGAACUCUUAAGGCCCGGAAAAGUGGCAGAGAGAUUGCCCAUAACAGCAUCCGCGUGGUUCUUAGUUUUUUUGUUCCACAUCAAUAUUGUCUCAGGCUCCGAUAUUCCCCGAGUUGUCGAAAUGUGUUCGUCAGAGUUUGGGAAGCACAAUCGGAUUUUGGAGAUGUUUUUGCUAGAAAACAAUCACUUCACGGUGCUGGCAGCUGUCAUCACCUCCGUGCUGUCUGUGCUGCUGUUGCUCGCUGUAUCCCGGCAGCUGUGGACCCUUCGAUGGACCAUCACAAGGGACAGAAAAUGCGAACUCCCCCUCCCGAAAGGUUCAAUGGGCUGGCCGCUCUUUGGAGAAACCUUCCACUGGCUAUUUCAGGGCUCCAGUUUUCACAUCUCGAGGAGAGAGAAGUACGGAAAUGUCUUUAAAACCCACCUUUUAGGGAAACCUGUUAUCCGCGUGACAGGAGCCGAAAACGUCCGUAAAAUCUUGCUGGGAGAACACAAUUUAGUGAGCACACAAUGGCCACAAAGCACCCGGAUUAUCCUGGGAGCCAACACUCUGGUUAACUCCAUUGGGGACCUCCAUAAACGGAAGAGAAAAAUUUUGGCUAAAGUGUUCAGCCGAGCAGCUCUGGAGACCUACACUCCGCGUUUGCAAGACGUUGUCAGGUGUGAGAUUGCGAAAUGGUGCUCAGAGCGUGGCUCUGUCAAUGUCUAUGCUGCUGCUAAAGCUCUCACCUUUCGCAUCGCUAUCCGAGUCCUUUUAGGGCUUAACAUAGAAGAAAGUCACCUGAACUACCUCUCUAAAAUCUUCGAACAACUUAUGGACAACCUCUUCUCACUCCCGUUUGAUGUGCCGUUCAGCGGUCUCCGUAAAGGUAUGAAAGCCCGAGACACACUCCACGAGUGCAUGGAGAAGAUUAUUAAAGAGAAAUUACAGAGGCCUCAGUCCGAGGGUUACAGCGAUAUCUUUGAUUACAUGCUGAGCAGUGCCAAAGAGAACGGGCACGAGUUGAGCAUACAGGAGCUGAAGGAAUCUGCGGUGGAGCUCAUAUUCGCUGCCCACUCCACCACUGCCAGCUCCAGCACCUCUCUCAUCCUCCAGCUAAUGAGACAUCCCGCAGUCGCCGACAGAAUCAGAGAUGAGCUGGAGACACAGGGACUCAACUGGAACUCCAACCGGAUGCAACUCUCGACCAGCCAGUCGGGGAAGUCGGGGCAGGCGAUUCUGUCUGAAGGUGUGUCAGAAGGAAACGAGCAGGACAGAGACUGCCGUUCCAGGGCAGCAACUAUUGAGCAGAAGCCUCCGGGUGACCCAGUCUGUCGCUGUGAUUUUCUGGCGGGCGCUGCAGGAGAAGAGCCAUUUUCUUUCUGCCACCUGCAUCAUUUGAACCUGGAGAGACUGGGCCGACUGCACUACCUGGACUGCGUGGUGAAGGAAGUCCUCAGAUUUCUCCCUCCUGUCUCUGGAGGUUACAGGACAGCUCUGCAAACCUUUGAACUAGACGGAUAUCAGAUUCCAAAAGGAUGGAGUGUUAUGUACAGCAUCCGAGAUACUCACGAAACAGCCGCGGUGUACCAGAACCCCGAGAUCUUUGACCCGGAUCGCUUCGGAUCUGAGAGGGAUGAGGGCAAGGCCGGACGCUUCAAUUACAUUCCGUUUGGUGGAGGAAUCAGGAGCUGCAUCGGAAGGGAGCUGGCACAAGUCAUAUUAAAGACUCUGGCUAUUGAGCUGUUGAAUACUGCCGAGUGGGAACUGGCCACACCUGCCUUCCCAAAGAUGCAAACAGUACCAAUUGUGCACCCUGUCAAUGGACUCCAUGUUUAUUUCCAUUUCUUAAAUUCUGACACAAAGCAAGAGUCUCCAAAAUCAUAGUCCCGUUUUUCUAACUAUAACUGUACAUAGCCUGUUAGAUAUUAAGUAUCCCUCUAGUCUUACAUGGGUUACUUCUAUUUUUAAGUUAUUUUAUGUUGUGUUUCUACACAAGGUCACUUACAUUGAGACACACCACGUCAAAAAGAAGACGUAACUCCUUGUCUCGGUAUAAGGAAACAAUUGGUUGUAAUAAGCCCUUUUGUCAUAUUUCUAAACAUACAGAAAACCUUUAACAUUAGACAGUGAAGUAGAUCACUGGAACUGUCUUCCAGUAAAGAGACACAGACACAAGUAAUGUAGCCUAGAAUGUUCAUUUAAGUAGCUGAUAGCUGGUAACAAGAGGGUCCAGUAGUUGUUAAAGGAUCCGAAAAACAUUUUGCUAAGCAGCCUUUUCCUCAACAUGUGUGAUCACUAACCAUCCCCAAAGCUUCCGAGUGGUGCCUUAGUCAUCGCAGGCAAGGCUGCAGGGCAAGAGAUCCCUGGUCCUACCCACCUCAAUCUCUUCUAACCCUCUGAAAAAUGACUCAUCGUGGCAUUUGUUUCUUCACAGUUGUUUAUCAUUUUCCUGUGAUAUUGCCUUAGAUCCAGAGUUUAAUUUAGUAUGCUUUUAUCAAGCAAGGGCAUUAGCAUUCAGGUAUCCAAUAAAAGCAUCUAACUUUAUCACAAUUAUCACUCUUUACUUUCUUAACCAUAGAACUUGUAGGAAUUGACAUAACCUACUGACUUUAAUAAUUUAUGUGUGUAUAUAUGAUAAAGAUUAUAAAUAUAGCAUACUAUAACUUUGUUGUUUAUGUGUUAAAAUGAAGUAGUAUAAUGCCAUAUAAGCUUUAUUUAUAGAACAUGUGUCAACUAAAUAUGAAUUUAAUGUGGGGAAAGUAGUAUAUUUUUCUCUUUAUGUAAGUAGCCCUUUACUGUACCAAUAAAAUACAUUAAAAACCGUGAACUAACAGACACCUGCACACAGUUGCUGUGUGAUAUUCUCCAAUCUUUUACAGUAGGUCUGUUUUCUCAUUAAAUCAGUGAGGGACGUAGCUAUGAAAUGUUAGGCAGCACUAUAAUGUUGACAGACCUACCUGAUAAAAUUGAUGUGUACACUCAGGCAGGAUAGGGUGAAAGGAAGGAGAAACGCAAGCGUUAUAGCACUUUUUACACUUUCUCCUUAUGGAGCUCAUUGUGAUGUUGGCUUGUCAAUGCAACCUAAUAUAUAGUCCUUGGGAUGAUGUCAGCGUGCUUGUUAAUCUUAUCUUAUUGAUGUUCACAUUAGAAGUCAUUCAGUGUUUCUAUGUGUUUGUCCAGUGUUCUUUAUAUGUGAAAAUGAUGAUCUUAACAGUGGUAUUUUUGUGAUGUAUUUGUGUUUUAAAUAAAAACAUGAACUGUUUUUUUUUAAAUAUA